AUGUUGGCUCGCGAAAAGUGGCAGAACAGUUUAACCAUAAGGGAUGAAAUUAAUAAAUCAAAUAAGUUAUUCCAGUCAAUACGAAACAAAAAAUCAGAAGUUGAAACCGAACUACGCGAGUCCUUUGAAGAAACGGAAACUUUGUACAGGACCCAAAUGAAAAAUGAUUUCAACAAAGAGUUCAGUAUGCAUGAUGAAAAAACAGCACUUAAAACUCAAUUACAAAACAUUAUUAGAAGAUACGACGCGACUCUUAGUGAAAUGACUUAUGAUGUAAUUAAUCUGGAUAAGAAAUAUAGCGAUAUUCGAGAGAUAUAUGAUGUGUUCAUGGAAAAGUACAAUUCAAAAGAAAAAGAAUAUUUGGAAGUUCUGGAACAAAUGGAAAAGGAGGAAAAAACCCGACAAGAGGAAAUGUUAAUGUUAUUUAUGAUGAAUCGAGCAGCACGAUUUAUACAAAAAUAUUGGAGACGUUAUCGUAAGGAUAAGAAGAAAAAAUCAAAAAAAGGCAAAGGUUCGAAAUCAAAACGACGAUAA